AUGGCGCCUGAACAAAUCGACGCUUCUCUACUGGCGACUCACAAACGAAUCGCCAAGCUUGAAGGGCUUCGUGUCGCCCGCGAAAACCUUGCCCGUUUUGAAGCCGAGGUUCUUAAUCCUUCCGGAACGACUUCAGUAGUGAAUCGACAUCAUCCCGACGACUCUGAGCCACAAGAGCGUACAAAGGAGAUAGAGAUCAAUAAUAUCUCUACCUUUACGUCCAGCUUCGAUCCGCAGCGCCGCCGGGACUGGCUCGUUGACGUACGUUGCGCUUUCCGGGGGAAUCCCCAGAAGUAUCAGACUGACGAAACGAAAAUUCUGGCGGCUCUAAACUUCCUCGAUCAUACUUGUCGGCACGAAUGGUACCGACACGUUGUGGAAAAAUCUCCGGAAGAACGCCAGCACAUCGAGAGGUCAUGGCCAUACUUUGACAAAUGGACCCUCACCCUUAUCCGGAACGCAACUAGUCUUCAGGCCGAUGUAGUGACUGAUACCGAUCGCACGAUGCAAGUGGGACCGGGAGGCGGUCGUUGGAAUACCCAUUCAACAUGA